CCAGAUGCAUUGUGGGAGAAUAAACAAUCAGCUGAUAUGUCCCCAGCCAUCGAUCAGGAACACUACACUAUACUAUACGUCUAAGUGUCUCCAGGGAGGACCUUUAACCCCUAGUGUUUGUUCCUGAGGAUCUCAUGUAUUGUGGGAUGCACUCAAGAAAUAGCUAUAAAAACAGCCGAGGUAUGUUCAGAACUUAACUUAAGGGAAGAAUUAUUGGCAAAAUGUCUGAGUCGAGAGGUGUAGACUCUCAGUCAACCUGCCAGCCAGAGUACACCGAGCAAUCCUCUCUAAUCCAAGAAUCUUCAGGUUCUACUCUCUCCACCCAACAACAAAGGCCACAGUCACCAGAACAGCCUUCUUUAAGUGUUAAACCAUCCACCUCACACACACAAAAACAGCCUCAACCCACUUCAUCCAGUGACGAGCUUUCACCCACAUCUUCCACAGAACAAGCUUCAAGCACUAUAGCUUCAGAAGUAUUAUUACCUGGAUCAAAUUCAUCCACUUCCAGCACUGAGCAUCCCUCGCCCACCUCUGCUGCCCCAGAACAGCCAUCACCCACAGAGCAACCCUCACACACUCAGCACUCUCCACCUGAACAGCCUCCCUCUACUGGACAAGCUCCACCGCAGCAAGAGAAUGCUAAUACUGGCAACAAUACACAGAACAGAAAUAAUACACAGAAUCGACCCAAUAAUAACAACAAUGGUGGUCUUGCCAACGUGAGAGAACGUCUCUUCCAGGCACUCUUUUUCAGACUGGCUGUCGCUUAUGCUCGUGCUUUUCCUCAACCGAUGAGAAGACUCAUUGAAUUCACUGUUCUACUCAAGGCUCUAACAACUUUGUUCCUUCUGGUGUACAUCCACCUUGCCUUCACUCGUGCACCCAUCACUUGCCUGGACCAUGUUCGUGAUGACUGGCCUAGGGAAGGUAUAUUGCGUGUAGAAGUCAUUAGAAAUCCAAGUGAGGACUAUACUGUGGAGCAGAGUUAUGAGAAAGAGGAACGACUACAGCAGAGACAGUUGGAGUUCCUUGGUGCACUUGGAUCUGACAUAGAUAUGUUGUUUGGUGGAGGGGAGCCUGUGGUCACGGAUGGGGAUGGCUCAGUGGCAGACACACACCCAGAUGAUGAUGGCACUUUGUCUGUGGCUCUUGCUGAUGACAAGAAAAAUCCCAAUCGGGAUGGUGAACCUGGGAAUGCAGAUGAGACCACGAAGGAGCAGUUUAUGACCACCUCCACAGAACCCCUGGGAGAUGGUGCUAUUCAUGGUCUGCCCGAGUUUGAGGAACGAGAAUUAAGUUGGCAAAAUAAUUCUAAUGCUCAAGUGGAACUAGAGCCAGUGGAGAGUAAAUUGAUUACUGACUUACCGAGCAUUACUGAGGGUGGGUCAGGUGUAUUCACUUCUAAUCAUACAGAAGAAGAAGCUACCACAACAGCACAUGAUGACUCACCUCUGCCAAAAAAAGAACCAUUGGAAAUGUUGGCAAAAGCUGUUUGGCCAGAGGAUGAAUACAUAGUGGAGUAUUCCCUAGAAUACGGGUUUUUACGACUCUCACCUGCCACACGUCAACGUCUCAACAUCCCUGUUAAAAUUGUCACUCUGGACCCCAUGAAAGAUGCUUGUUUUGGAGAUUCUCUCUCACGAUUCAUCCUGGAUGAGUUUUUGGGUUAUGAUGAUAUCCUCAUGGGGUCUAUUAAGAGCCUGGCAGAAAAGGAAGAAAACAAAGGAUAUCUUCGAAAUGUAGUCACUGGUGAACACUACCGUUUUGUUAGUAUGUGGAUGGGUGGCAGCAAUUACCUGGCAGCAGCAUUUGUGAUGGUGGUGUUUACCCUGAGUGUGUCUAUGUUGCUGCGGUACUCCCACCACCAGAUCUUCCUCUUCAUUGUGGACCUUCUUCAGAUGUUGGAACUCAAUGUGGCCAUCACUUUCCCUGCGGCACCCAUGUUAACUGUGAUUCUGGCUCUUGUUGGUGAGAUAUACUGUAUGGAAGCAAUCAUGUCUGAGUUCUUUAAUGACACAUCGACCGCCUUCUACAUUAUUGUGUUGGUGUGGGUUUGUGACCAGUAUGAGGCCAUCUGCUGUCACACAGCCAUCACUCGCCGCCACUGGCUCCGCUUCUUCUACCUCUAUCACUUUGCCUUCUAUGCUUACCACUACCGGUUCAAUGGCCAGUAUUCGUGGUUGGCCCUCAUGACCUCCUGGCUCUUUAUCUUGGAUGAAAUAGAGGCAAAGGGCCUGAGAGUGAAUGUGGCAAAAAAGAAAAGUAUUGAUUAA